UCGUAAUGUAGUACAGUUGUAAAAAUAUGAUUCUGACCCAUUUCAAGAGAAUUUUCUAAAUUGAUCGCACAGAUUGUAAAUGGCAGGGGAAAUUUAUCACGCAACAAAUUUAAGACACGAUUCAGUGAAAUGUGCAGUCUAAACGAAACGCGAAACAACCCCUGCCGUGCCGGUGACCCGUCGGCUUUCCAGAAAAUUUUCUCCUUUCAAUAAGACGCAACAUCGUCACUUUUAUUCAUAAAAAUGUUGAACUUCGUACAAAGCUCGCACGUAUACCCAAUGAUAUGCAUCACAAUAACCUGUUACUGUUUUGCCAAAGAGAUCAAAAUGCAAGUCGACAUCCCCAAUCAGGGGAAAAUUCGCGGCGUGGAAGUUUCGAAAUUGCGGAUACAAAAAAUUAUCGCAUAUUACGGCAUUCCGUAUGCCCAACCCCCUGUGAAUAAUUUAAGAUUUGCUCCACCUGUUACUGAUCCUUUGCCCUCUUGGGAGGGUAUUAAAAACGAUACGGAUUACCUUCCAUCCUGUCUACAAACCGAGGAAGAUUAUAAGGAAUCCGAGAAGCCUUUUUUGCAGUUGAUUUCCAAGUUGAAUUUCACCCUGGCCGAGGAUUGUUUAUAUCUAAAUAUUUUUGUCCCAUAUGGGGAUGAACCGAAACAAGGGUAUGCCACAAUAAUAUGGUUUCAUCCGGGCAACUUUACUACAGGCACUCCCUCAAUGUGGAACCCACAUACAUUAGUUUACCGUCAAAGGAUCAUAAUGGUAACCGUUAGCUGGAGACUCAACAUUAUGGGUUUUUUUACGACCAUGGAUGGAGAAGCGACUGGAAACUACGGACUUAUGGAUCAACAAGCAGCUAUGCAAUGGGUAAAAAGAAAUAUUAAGUUAUUUGGAGGAAAUCCCGAUAAUAUUUGUUUGAUGGGUUAUGGAACUGGUGCUAUAAGUGCAGGAUUGCAUCUAAUAAAUCCACAAUCAAGAGGGCUAUUUAAUAAAGUUAUAGCUAUGAGUGGUGAUUUUCUGUCUCCGUUGUCGGUAAAGAAAGCCGAAGAAGAUAAGGACCUACUAGAUCGACUGGCCAGCAGUUUUGGUUGUAACAGAAAACCUUCUUCGGAGUUAAUACAGUGCUUAAGGCAUGUUGACGGUGAAAUACUGGUACAACAAACGUCGAACAUAAAUUGGAGGCCGCUUCUCGAUGCAAAAUUAUCAAAUGGUAGUACGCCGGCUUUUUUAACAGAUCUUCCGAUGACUUCUUUCGAGGCGGGAGACUACGAUAAAGUGCCGUUACUAACAGGGUAUACUCGAAUGGAACAUAUUUUGGAAUUUGACAGUAUUAAAAAUGUUAAUAGCACUUCCAGCGAAACUCUUCAGAGUUUGUUACAGGAUUUAAUUAGCAGCGACAUACCAGCGAUUAAUAACAGUGAGAGCACAUGUGAUUAUAAUUACGAUAAUAUUAUUGAUGCUGUGAUGUUUUUCUACAGUCCGGCACGUCCUACAAAGGAUAUCGAAUCUUUUCGGGAUCUUUUGAUAAAUUUCGUGACAGAAAGGAAUGUAGCUGCUUCCGUUUUUCUUUUAGCUUCGUUCCUGAGUAGAGACCAACCUACUUUUAUGUAUCGAUUUGACAUGAAGCCGAGCACGGCAGCUGCUGUCGCGCAUUUGCCCGAAUGGGUCACUGUACCUCACUUGUUUGAUUUACUUUACGUAUGGGGUGUGCCCUAUUGGUCAACGAGCCCGGAUUGGGAUAUAAGGGACAAGAGAAUUUCUGACACGAUCAUGUCCUUUUGGACUCAUUUUGCGAAAUCUUCGAAUCCCACGGAGAACAGUAUUUAUCCUGUAAUUUGGGAAAAAUUUACUGAAGAUAAUCCCGGGAUUCUGAUCAUCGAUGGGAAUUUUAACAUGAGCAAUUCCAAAAAUUUGAAUUAUAAAUCUUUCGAGUUCUGGAAUAAGUAUUAUCCAAAGGUGAAGGCUGUGGCUACGCAGUGCUGUGAGUCUAAAGACCAUGCUGUUGUUUUCCAGUCUAACCUUUUUUUAAGUACGUUUCUUGUCAUUUUAUUUUCUAUCAUUAACUUAGGAUAGAAUAGAUAUUAAAAACGUAGUUAAAGAAUCGAUAUAAUGUCGCAAUUUUAUCUAACUUUUUUAAAUUAAAUAUUGGACCAAAUUAAUAUGUUUACAACUUAAAAUUAUUUGAUUAGGUAUUCAUUCAAUUUCUUUGUAAAUCCAGGUUGGCUAUGGAAAUUUAACUGUGUAUCAUACACUUUAUUAGUGUAAUGUAAUUUGUGUUCCACUGACAGUAGUGACAGUUGACUUUUAACAAAAACAACCAUUCUGUCAUUGAAUUUGACAUGUACGGUUUUAGUUUUUGUUAAAUUUUGUUUGAAGGUAAAGUUGUUUAAAGGUAUUUAACCAAAUUAUUAUUAUUAUUAUUAUUAUUAUUAUUAUUAUUAUUAUUAUUAUUAUUAUUAUUAUUAUUAUUAUUAUU